AUGCUGGUGGUGAAGCUGGGCGGGCCGGUGUACCGCAUCGGCGUGGGGGGAGGGGCCGCCUCCUCCGUCCAGGUGCAGGGGGACAACGAGGCCGAGCGGGAUCUGGGGGCCGUGCAGCGCGGGGACCCCGAGAUGGAGCAGAAGCUGAACCGGGUCCUGCGGGGCUGCGUCGAGAGCGGCGCCCGGAACCCCGUCAGCUCCAUCCACGACCAGGGGGCCGGGGGCAACGGCAAUGUCCUGAAGGAGAUCUCGGAGCCGGCCGGGGCCGUCAUCUACGCCAGCCGCUUCCAGCUGGGUGACCCCACCCUGAGCAUCCUGGAGCUCUGGGGGGCCGAGUACCAGGAGUCCAACGCGCUGCUGGUGCGGCCGGAGGCGCUGGCGCUGCUGCGGCGCCUGGCGGAGCGCGAGAGGUGUCCCCUGAGCGUGGUGGGGACCGUCACCGGCGAUGGCAGGAUCGUGCUGGUCGAUGACCUGGCGUCGCCGGUGCCCGAGGGGGGGUCCCACGAGGGGCUCCCCACCCCCGUCAACCUGGAGCUGGAGUGGGUGCUGGGCAAGAUGCCCCAGAAGGAGUUCCACCUGUGGCGGUCGCCCCUCCCCCGGCGCCCCCUGAGCCUCCCCCCGGCGCUGUCGGUCAGAGCCGCCCUCGAGAGGGUCCUGAGGCUGCCGGCCGUGGCCAGCAAGAGGUACCUGACCAACAAGGUGGACCGCUCGGUGACAGGCCUGGUGGCGCAGCAGCAGUGCGUGGGUCCCCUGCACACGCCGCUGGCCGACGUGGCCGUGGUGGCCCUGUCCCCGUUUGGGGACACCGGCGCGGCCACCGCCAUCGGCGAGCAGCCAAUCAAGGGGCUGCUGGACCCCGCGGCCGGCGCGCGGCUGGCGCUGGCCGAGGCCAUCACCAACCUGGUGUUCGCCAGGGUGACACACCUCAAGGACGUGAAGUGCUCGGGCAAUUGGAUGUGGGGCUCCAAGCUGGGCUCCGAGGGGGGGGCGCUGGUGGCCGCGUGUGACGCGCUGGUGGUGGCCCUGCGCCACCUCGGGGUGGCCAUCGACGGCGGCAAGGACUCGCUCAGCAUGGCGGCCAGAGUGGGGAAAGACACCGUGAUGGCACCUGGUGCCCUGGUGAUCUCGGCCUACGCCGUGUGCCCCGAUGUCACCGCCACCGUCACCCCCGACCUCAAGUGUCCCAACGAGAGAGGGACCCUGCUGUGGGUGCAGCUGAACCCCGGGCGGCACCGCCUGGGCGGCUCCGCCCUGGCCCAGGUGUUCGCCCAGGUGGGCGACGAGUGCCCCGACCUGGACCAGCCCCAGAGCCUGGCGAGCGCCUUCAACGUCACCCAGGAGCUGCUCAAAGAGCGUGUCCUGACGGCGGGCCAUGACGUCAGUGACGGUGGCCUGCUGGGCUGUGUCCUGGAGAUGGCCUUCGCCGGCAACUGCGGUGUCACCGUCAGCGUCCCCGCGCCAGCGCCCGGCGUCACCCCGCUGGCCCUGCUCUUUGCCGAGGAGCCGGCGCUGCUCCUCGAGGUCCCCGCGGCCGCCGCUGUCCCCGUGUGCCGCCGCUACCAGGACGCCGGUGUCACCUGUGUCCCCAUCGGCCACAGCGGCCCCUACGGACCCCGCGCCAUGGUGACAGUGGCCGUGGGAGGCCAGCAGGUGCUGGCCGAGCCGCUGGGGGAGCUGCGGGCGCUCUGGGAGCAGACCAGUUUCCGCCUGGAGCGGCUGCAGGCGGCGCCGGCCUGCGUGGAGCAGGAGGAGCAGGACCUGCCCGCGCGCUGGGGACCCGAGCUCUGCGUCACCUUCGACCCCGACUACGUCACACCGCUGGCACGGAGCAUGGAGCUGCCGGGGCCGCGCGUGGCCGUGCUGAGGGAGGAGGGCAGCAACGGAGACCGGGAGAUGGCCGCCGCCUUCGCCAUGGCCGGCUUCCAGGUGAGA